UUGACUAGGAUCGACGUAUUCGUCGGUGGUACGUCGGGCUACGUCGAGCGACCGUCACGUUCCUCGUGUCGUUCAACUGAGAUCAGAAACGUGCUGAAGCACGUGGAGCAAUAUCGCACCGGUGAUUUAGGCUCUUGUACCGAGACCUCUUAAAUAUGCUCAUGCUCGAGCUCGCUGCAUGAGCAUUCAACGAGUGUGGAUAAUCGGUUGCGUGCAUCCUUCAACGGAUUCAGACGCUUCGCCGAGUCACGAACGAGUUGACAUGGAUGGAUCCGAAUUAGUCUGAAAUCAAUUUCCCAGUGUGGACCUGGAGGCGUGAAGUUAUUGUGAAAGUGUGGUGAUAUUUGUUGGAGAUAGUGAGGUACUGGUAGAUGAGGUAGAGCUAAGGCGAUUGACGGUUCAAUCUACCCGGGAAUAAUUCCAGUGAUAUCAAAGCAGUACUAGAAAACACCAAGAGCCUGUGAAUUUUUUAGAAUAUUUUUCUCCAGUGUGAAGAAAGAUUCUGAGAUUUUUCGUGAUGUGCGUUGUUAAAUAAUGUGCCAAUGCCCGGAGUUAAGUGCGAGAAGGGAUUAAGCACCUCUGGAAAAUAACGUUUUGCGGAAACAUCUCCAAAGAGGCCACAGGACAGAAUGGUUUCGGCAUAGUGCACGUGACACCCACCCAGAGAGACUACUAUCCAUUACACAAAUUCAAACUGGCCCCUGUGUGCAGAAACCAGUGUGUAGGCAGUUUGCACCAAUUGCCGAGAGGAUCGAUAGAGUCAAUUACCCAAAACGAACGAAUGUGACGAGACGACGAUGUGGUACUCAGAAGGGAGUAAAGAAUGCCGAAGUACCGGUAGAAUCUCGUCAUACGUAAAUCCUAUCAAACAAAUUGUACUGGUGUUUACCCUGAGGAUAUUGACGAGUGCUGGUCAAAGUAUAGAAUGCCCACCGAGCGAGACACUUCCCGGCUGUCCCUGCUACAAUUUCGAGGAUGGGCUGUUUCUGGAAUGUGCCGGUGCGACAGAGGACACCCUAAAAAAGACUAUGAUGGGUGUACUUAACGAGGGAGGGCCCUCGACAAUGGUACAGUCGUUGAGUGUUUAUGAGUUAGAUAAGAGCAUCGAGAAGCUUAAAGAUGAUGUAUUCCCACCGGGAUCACAAAUAAGGCAUCUGCAGAUAUCUCACUCGUAUCUGAAAGACAUUAGUGACAAUACAUUUGUCAUUCUGAAGGAUAGUCUAGAGUCAUUGGCACUUGUGUCAAGUAGACUGCUCAAAGUACCACAGAAGUCGUUAGCUGAAUUACAUAAAUUGGCGGCAUUGGAUCUCGAGGCUAAUCUCAUUCAGGAUUUGCCGUCUUAUUGCUUCUGGGGAUUGAAGCUAAUGAAACUUGUUCUCAAAGGCAAUCAAAUAUCAGAAAUAAAGGAGCACACAUUUGCUGGAUUAGAGACUAGUCUCAGCGAUCUGGAUCUUGCUGAGAACAAAAUCAAAAUAUUUCCAAUGGCUGCGUUGAGAAGAUUGGACAGCUUGGCAUCGCUGAGACUUGCUUGGAAUGAGAUAUCCGAAUUAACGAAUGAUGGUUACUCGGUAUUGAGUGGUCUUCUCAUUCUCGAUCUCAGCAGCAAUAAUUUUGAUAAGCUCAGUGAGGAUUGCUUUAAAUCCUGUCCCAUCCUUCAUACCCUGUCUCUGUAUUAUAAUUCGAUUGAAACGGUGCACAAGGAUGCUUUUGUAUCGCUGAAGGAGCUCGAGUCGAUUGAUCUAAGUCACAACAAAAUUGUCUUCCUUGACGUAGCAGCAUUCAAGGCCAACGAAAGACUGAGGACAAUUGAGCUCAGUCACAAUCAUAUUCAUUACAUAGGUGGUGUAUUCACUCGACUUCCAGAAUUACGCGAACUCUACUUGGCCGAGAACAACAUACUAGAAAUACCCGGGGAGUCAUUUGCUGGGAGUAUAAAUUUAGCAGUUGUUUAUCUCCAGCAGAAUGCGAUAAGGAGAAUCGAUGGUAAAGCAUUAUCAAGUUUGAAUCAACUGACGCAAUUGCAUUUAAGUAACAAUUACAUAGAAAAUCUACCAGUAGAUUUUCUCGAAUACUGUGUCAAUUUGUCGUCAUUAUCGCUUGAUGGUAAUAAAAUAAAAGAACUUAAGCCGGGUACAUUUGCGAAAGUGAAUCAACUUCGUGAAUUGAGACUGCAGGAUAAUCGAAUAACUCAAGUGAAGAGGGGUGUUUUUUCCCAAUUGCCUGAAUUACUUGAAUUGCAUCUUCAGAAUAAUGCCAUUACUAGUAUGGAUACAGGUGCACUCAGAACGUUAAAUUCACUUCAGCACGUUAAUCUCCAAGGCAACCAACUGACGGUUCUCGGUGAUGUAUUUCAACUGUCCUCAUCGGAAUCUACAAAUGCCGGCAGCUCUCUGGUAUCAAUUCAACUCGACAGCAAUGGUUUGGCGGUGCUUCACAACGACUCGUUACGCGGUCAAGCUUCAGUUAGAAUAAUGUGGCUCGGUCAUAACAAGUUGACACACCUCCAGGCACCUCUAUUCCGUGAUCUGCUACUCGUCGAGCGUUUAUAUCUGACCAACAAUUCUAUAUGUAACAUUGAAGAUGCUGCAUUUCAACCUAUGCAAGCACUCAAGUUUCUUGAACUCAGUAUGAACAGACUCAGUCACAUCAGUACGAAAACUUUUGCCGAGUUACACGAACUCGAGGAGCUUUAUCUACAAGACAAUGGACUGAGGAAUCUCGAGCCUUAUGCCCUAACAGCACUCAAGAAACUCCGAGUGUUGGACCUGUCCAACAACAAUCUCACACAACUAGAGGAGAGUAUGUUCCAAGAGAAUUUGCCGAUUAAGAUCCUCAACUUAAAGAAUUGUUCCAUUACUAGUAUUCCGGUGAAUACAUUUCGCGGUUUGUACAAUUUGCAUGAUUUGAAUCUGGAGGGCAAUCAAUUAACAGCCCUCGCUCUCACAAGACUCAUAGUACCGAGUUUACGUGUGCUAAUCGCAUCUGGUAACAACUUCAGCCACAUCUCAGAGCAGAGCUUCAAUGGAUUGGCGGCGUUACAGGAGCUCAUCCUGGACAAUGUCCAGCUGGCACAGCUUACGGAGAAGACAUUUUUACGUAACGCAAAUUUAACGCGUCUACACUUGAAUCGCAAUCGUUUGAGAAAUUUACCACCUGGAAUAUUUGAAAAAUUGGUGAAUUUGCGUGAACUACGGCUUGAUAAGAAUCAACUUACAGCCAUUCCGUAUUCAGCACUCACCCAUGUAUUCAAUCUUGAAAUUCUCACACUCUCCCACAAUGACAUUGUGACAGUAGAUGUUGCCAGCCUAGCUCGUUUAAGCUAUCUACGUGAACUCGAUCUCAGUCACAAUCGAAUUGAAUCCAUGUCUGGCUUUGCCAUGGCCAAUCUGUCUCGUCUACUCUCAGUUGACCUCAGCAACAAUCAUCUGAGUGGCCUACCAGCCAAUUUCUUCGAUCAUUCGGGUAUGCUACGUCGUGUUGACCUAUCGGAAAAUAAAUUCAGUCAGAUACCAGCGGUUGCCCUCUCUGGUCAAAAUCUCCCUGGCUUAACCUGGCUCAACUUGACCCGGAAUCCACUUCACCAUAUUCACGAGCAACCGGCUGAGGUUACAUAUCCCCUCCUUCAGGAAAUUCACAUAUCCGGAACCAAUCUCAGUAUCGUAACAUCGCAAGAGUUUGAGGCAUUUCCCGCACUACUCCAUCUCUAUCUCGAGCGAAAUUGUAUUGGUAGAGUAUCACCCAGUGCAUUCAGGAGUUUACCAAAUUUAUUGACUCUGCAUCUUGGAAUGAACAGUUUAGAGCUGCUACCCAAAGAGAGAUUGCAGGGAAUGGAACACCUCAGAAUACUCAAUCUCACGCAUAAUCGAUUGAAGGAACUCGAAGAGUUUCCCGCUGAUCUUAAAUCCUUACAAAUACUUGAUUUAUCCUACAAUCAAAUAGUUAUGGUCGGCAAGGUCACCUUCAUGAAUCUUGUCAGCCUAGUUGAGCUGCAUCUAUAUGGAAAUUGGAUAAACGAUAUCUCGAACGAAGCAUUUCGGCCGCUUAAGAAACUUCGUCUUCUGGAUCUCAGCAGAAACUAUUUGGAGAAUCUUCCGCUCAAUGCCUUUCGACCUCUUGAAACACAAAUUCGGAGUCUACGUGCUGAAGAAAAUCCACUGCACUGCGGGUGUGAAUCACAGGAGCUAUGGGAGUGGCUGCGCGAUCAUCAGAAAUUAGUUGGCGGUGUAGAUCGAGGACGUGGAAGGGGACCAAAUGGUGUAGGCAACGUGGGUAACGUUGAGGGUGGAUUGCUGAGAUGCGACCAACCACCUGAACUCCGUGGCCUCGUUUUUCUCGAUCUUGAUCCGCACCACUUCUGCUCAUCCCCUCUCGUACUAAAGCUCGCCAUUCAGGAUAUUCAGCCAUUCUCGGUUCUUGUUUCAUGGCAGAGUAGAAAUCACUCGGGCCUACAUGGCUAUCAAGUUGCAUAUCAUGCUCUCGAUAACGUUAAUGAGGUACGUGGCAAGUUGCUGGAUCCAAAAGCCCGCUCGGUUAGACUGUCUAAACUUGCGUCCGACACUCGAUAUCUCAUUUGCGUACUUGGCUUAGGCAGUUGGGGCACACCAAUUCCCGAGGAUAUUAACACUUGGCAAUGGAAUGCCUCUCAUGACGAUGUGAUUGAGAGUACUGUACCACCGGUGAUGGUUAAUUCACCAAUGAGCAGAUGCACCGAAGUGAGAACACUGGAUGCACCCGAGUCGGUUAUUGGUGAUGGAGUACCACCUGAUAGAGGUGGACUAGCAAGCAUACUAACACGAAGACUCGGUCUCAUUGUUGGUAGCUGCAUGGGUUUUGUUGUUUUUAUCGUUCUAGUUUCAGUUCUCGGUUACAUGAAGAUGAAGAAACAAAGGGCAGCUAUGAAAAGGGAACAGCCACUUGCUCCAAAUCCACCAGAAUUCAUGACUUAUCGUCAUUAUUCCCUGCAAAGCGGUGAUAGACUUGAAAAUUCAUGUCCAAGCUUUAUUACCAAUAUUGGCACAACGACUUUGAACUCGUAGCAUAAAGCAUCAGCACCAUCUGAUGUUACAUCUGCUGAGCAUAUUGACAUUGAGAUGAAAAAUCUAUCCAAUUGUUCUGGUAUAUUUGGGUGAAAUCCAGUUACCGCUCACAUUUCUGACCUUAUGUCAUCAGCAUUAAAUUGACACACAAUAAUCCCUUCACAGACGUACGUCAAUUUCAAUAACACGUGUUAUGUCACUGUAAUGCGAUUCGUCACAGUAUGACUCUUCUUUGUAUGUGGGUGAAUGCGCUAUUGUGCCAAUAUUAUUAUUACUGUAAACAAUUUCAGAUGUGAAUGACUCCUACUGUUUCUUUUCAUAAAUAUCUAGUACAGGUUCACCAAAGCGAUCUUCAUGUUUGGAGACAUCAUUUUUUACACACCGCUCUUUGAAUUAUCUAGGGUCGCGAUGAGGACGUGAUGUUGUCGACUCCAAAGGCAACACAUGCUGGUACAAUUAAAGACAAUGGACAUACAAAGAGAGGAAUGACUUUAGGUAAUAGUUAAUCCUUAAUAAAUUACUCAGUGAUCAACAUAACACUAUAUAUACUUCACAACACAACACCAGCAUUACGUAAAUCACUGUGAGUGAUAUACCCCGCCAACCCUUCUGCAGCUAUUCAAAUUAAUAUAUAUUGAAUUUCACUCAGUCAUCAUUAUCAUGUCAGUAGUGAUAGGUGGGAGGGAAAAGAAAGGAAAGGGGAUACUGAGGUAUUUCUGGAGCAACUAUAUAUAAUACCCGUUUAUUCUCCCAUGUACACUCUCGCCAACUACUCCACUCUUGUAAAUAACAAGAAACUAGCCUUGAGUGAACGCUGACAUUAUUAAUUAUUAUAAAUUAUCUACAUUGUCUUGAGAUUUAAAAUUCAUAUUCUCAUUUUUUUAAUACAAAUCUUUCUUCGACGAUAAAACAAUCCUCUGCCUACAACUCGAACUUCAAAAUUAAUUAGAGAUUUUCCUCUACUUUCCCCGCUGACAAAGGAUUAGUCAAGUUUUUCAGAAAAAUCAUUAGCACUUUGGGUUCGUUAUUUUUCAACUUGGAAAAUCUGAAGCGUUCAUUUGUUUGCAACGAAUCUAUCGGGAAAUAUCCGAUAAUUUCGCAGCUCUCGUGGUAUUGUAAGUGAUAAUUAUCUGAGGUGGACCUAUACUAGUAUUUACCUUAAUUUUCACUGCAAGUACCGAUGCAUGAAUUUUGAACACUCUUUGUGGACAUUUUUAAUUAUUCAAAAGGUAAAUUGUGCCGAAAAAAAUGUCUAACAUCUGAGCAUUGGUCAUUUGAUGUGUUUGGGUAAUUGGGUAAUGAAUGUGGAUAUUUCGAGCAACGAUGCGAUGACCUCUUAAUCCUUGUAUCUCUCGCGUUAAGACUGAUUUUUUAUCGACACCAGUGUAUCAUUUUAUUAAUCGAGUUUUUUUUUUAUUGGAUUUUAUAGUUAACCGAUUUUUGUAGUUUAAAAGACGUUGGUGUGUUAUGAAAUAAAUGAGAUAAAUAUUUUGUAAAUAAUACGUUUAACGAAGAAUCUAGUGAUUAAGGUAAUUUAAUGAAUCGUCGAGCGUACUGAUAAGAUGCCAAUAUAGUACUAAUGAUUGGAUACAAUAGUAGGUGAUUGAUUACUUGGGAAUGAGUAAUUGAUUUAGCGUCGUUUUGAGCGACGGCUACAGAGUCAAAGUGUGAUUCCUGCCAAAUGAAAAACAAAUUGAUUUCGAUAUUUAUCAGUUUGAGAUAGUAACUCACUGUUGUAUGUACACAAAUUCGAUGUGAUGCCAAACAAUUAUUGUAUAUAGAACAAAAAACAAAGUGAUAAUGGGGUGAGUGUAUGGGAAAAUUAACAUUAUGUACACUCGCAUAGGGCAGCAACUGUAUAUUGGAGAUGAAGAAAGAAUCUUAGACAUUUCAUCUAAUAAAAAGUCUUCGAAGUAA